AUAAUAAUAAUGUUAAUGAUAAUGGCGAUGUCGAUGAUAAUGGCAAUGGAAAUGAAGAUGAAACAAUUAUAAUGACUGAUAAUUUUAAUGAUAGUUUUGUAUUUUGGGGUAAAAUUACCGAUGAUGAAAUACGUAUUAUGGGUUAUAUUGUUGAUGAUGAUGAUGAUGUUAAUCAAUCAGUAACAUUGAUCGAAGAUAAUCAUGUUAAUGAAUCGAAUAAUCAAACAACAAAAAUUUCAAAUAAUCAAUUAGAUGAUGUUCAAAGCGAUCCGGAUUCUUCACCUUCUUCAUCUUCACCACCGAUGGAAAAAAUACCUAGUCGAUUAUCAAUCAAAUCAAAAAAAUCGAUACGAAAAUCUAGAAAAACAUCGAAUCCAAUUGAUGAUUCAAAUAAAGAAAAUUGUUUAAAACAACAACAACAACAGCCAGAAGAACAACAACAACAACCAGAAAAACAACAACAACAACAAAAACCAUUGAUAAAUAUUGAAAAUGAAUUUAAUGAUGAAGAAGAAGAUUUUGAAUGUUUUCAAAUUAAUCGUCGUCAACCAUCAUCAUCAUCAUAUCGACCAUCAUUAUAUCGUCGUAAUAGUUAUACAAGAAAAUAUUGUUCAAUCAAUAAACGUAGAAAUAGUAUCAAUAAUAAUAACAACAACAACAACAAUAUUGUUAAACAACAACAACAACAACAACAACAACAAAUGGAUCAACAACAAACACCGAAAACAAAACGAAAAACAAAAAAAUUCAUUCUUUUUCAUCAUUAUGGUGGUGGUAAUGGACAACGUUUACAGAAUCGUCGUCGUACAAUUAAAACAAAUUUAUUAACACGUCUGCCACCAACACCUAAAUGGCAUAUUGAUAAUGUUAUUUGUAGUACACCUAUUCCGGAUAAUCAUAAUCAUUAAUUAAGAAACGAAAAAAAAAGUUAACAAAAUAAACUAUCCAUAAAUGUUUAAUAAUAAUAAUCAA